AUGGAGGCGGUGGCGGCUGUGGCUAGUCAGCUGUUCGUCGUUGGUUGGUGCGUGCGUGUGUGUCUGGCGUGUUGGGUGCCAUCUAUCGUUGCCGCAGCCAGCCGUACGAACCCUGUUCGGCAGCCGGGUCCAUGUGUUGGCUCGGCAAUGCCGUCGAAGCGAUCGGUGAGUGACGACGAUCGACUACUGCGAUACGGCUGGCUGAACCUCGUCGUAUGGUCGGCUGAUUACUGCUCCCUAACAGAGCUUACUUUUGACCCUCGACCGACUAUGGGCGGCAGAUGCUCGUCCGUCGCUGCGACCACCUCCAGUCGCCGUCAGUCCCAUGACGACGUCGACGACGAGGCGUCGUCCUCCGCAACCCCACCUGUCGCUCAGCGUCUACUCCAGGUAAGACGUCUACUCCAGAUCGUCGUCAUGACUUUGCCGUACGUGUUCCUCGGUCCGUCCGUCCGUCUCUAA